GAAGCACUUCACAAUUGCAAUUUAGUUUCGUUACCGAUUCGAGCGGGGCGACACAUCAACUCAUAAUUCUCUCACACUCGGAAUGGCGCGCUUGUGUUGUAUGUUGGUGGCAUUAGCCGUUGUCGGCUAUGGAGCGGCUGCGCCGGCUCCCAUCAAAGGGGAGGGACGGUCAUUUGGACUACUCGGCGGUGGCUUGGGCGCCAGCGUGGGACUAAGUGCAGGCGUGGGCUUAAAUACGGGUCUCUAUAGUGGCUUUGGCGGUGGUGGCUUCCAUCCCGGCUCGUUCGGCGGUGGCUACUAUCCCGGCGGCGGUUAUCAUCAUGGCGGCGGCGGAUUCGGCGCUGGAUAUAGUGGUGGAUAUGGCGGUGGAUAUGGCGGUGGAUAUGGCGGUGGAUAUGGCGGUGGACAUGGUGGUGGCUACUACCCAGGCGGCGGCUACAGUGGAUUUGGACACAAGCCUUAUUAUGGCGGCGGUGGUGGCUACUAUCCAGGCGGCGGAGCCUACAACAAUUUCGGAGGCUCAUAUGGCGGCCACUACAGCCAGUCGCAGUCGCAGUAUUCCAAUAAUUACCAUAAUGGCGGCUACGGCGGCGGCUUCUUUGGUUGAUAGUCGUAGUAAUAUAUGAUCUUAGCUUAGCUUUAAUUAGCUUUUACUAUUCGUGUACCGCUGAAAAGUCCAGUUUGUAAAGUACAAAAGAAAUACAAAGCAUGUAAGCCCUGAAAAAUC